AUGGCGCCACAAUUCUCUACUGGCCUCAAUAUGCCGAACAAGAAGCCUGGCCCAAAGCCAGGAAAUCCUCUUGGACAAAAGCGCAAGAACAUCUUCGAUGACGACUCUGACGACGAAGGCAAACAAAAUGACAACGGCGAAGUCGAGGUAUCCACCCUCGGUGGCCUAGACGCUCCAGCUCCCCCGAAACCAUCAAAAGCAGGACCACCACCCAAAAGAAAGAUGCAAUUGGGCAUGGGCAAGCCUAGUUCCAAGCCGAUAAGCAAGAACUCGAUUUUCGCCAACGACGAGGAGGAAGACGAGCAAAAGGACAAGGAACGCCAGGGUGGGGUACAAUUCGGAUUGAAUCAGUCAAAAGAUGCAGGUGCUCCCAAGGAUUUCACCAACCUCUCUGCGCUACAUAGCAGCAAACAGCACGCCAAAGAAGCCGAAGAAUUGGACCCGUCGAUCUACUCCUACGAUGCCAUUUACGAUAGCUUGCACGCCAAGCCCGAUAAGUCGAAGACCGAAAGCAAGAGUGACGUGCCGAAGUACAUGGAGAACUUGCUACGCAGCGCUGAAAUUCGCAAACGAGACCAGCUCAGAGCGCGCGACCGACAACUAGCACAUGAGCGUGAAGCCGAGGGCGACGAGUUUGCAGACAAGGAAAGCUUCGUUACAAGUGCCUAUAAGGCCCAGCAGAUCGAGAUGCGCAAGUUAGAAGAGGAGGAGGCUCAACGGGAGAAAGAGGAGGAGGAGCGACGGAAAAAGAAUGGCGGUUCUGGUAUGGUCGGCUUCUACAGGGACGUUUUGUCGCGGGAUGAGGCCAAGCAUAACGAGGUCGUCAAAGCUGCGGAAGAAGCAGCUCGACGAGUUAAAGAAGGCGAGAUUACCGAGGACACAGCGACAGAGUCAGGAGAAAAGUCAGAAGCCCAGAAGGCAGCGGAUCUCAAUGCACAGGGCGCUCGUAUUACAGUUAAUGACGAAGGUCAAGUGGUGGACAAGCGCCAACUGCUAUCUGCUGGUCUAAACGUGGCACCGAAGCCGAAAACGGGCCCCGCCGCACAACCGGCUUCUCGCGGGCCAGUGGGACGGACUGGGCCUCCUGCGGGCUACCAGGCUGGCCGUGGCGCUCAGCGGGCCCGCCAGACCGAGAUGGUUGCACAGCAAUUGGAGGAGCGUGCGCGGCAAGAGGAGGAAGCGGAAGCUGCCAAACAAAAGGAAAUGGCAGAAAAGAUCCGCAGUCGCAAGACAGCAGGGGAUGUCUCCAGCGCCAAAGAGCGGUAUUUGGCUCGGAAAAAAGAACGCGAGGAAGCUGCCGCGAAGGCAAAGGCCAAUACCAACUGA